GCGAUUGGCAUAGCUACAGGAGAGUCCACAGAUUUCAGGUUUCAGAGUUUUCUACGACAUCAGCAGUAGAAAACAGGAAUUUGUUUUGGGAAUAGGGCUUUCAAAGUACAGUAAUGAACGGGGCAGUGGUCAAAAAGACCCAAGACACCCUGGGAAAGGUGAUUAAAAGACCACCUCUCACAGAGAAGCUGCUCAACAAACCGCCGUUCCGUUACCUGCACGACAUACUCAGUGAGGUUAUACGGACCACUGGUUUCUUCAAAGGACUGUACAUUGAGUCAGAGAUGAAAUCAGAUAAUGUGAAGGAGAAAGAUUCCAAAAUUGCAUUUCUCCAGAAGGCCAUAGAUGUGGUGAUGCUGGUCAGCGGGGAGCCUCUGUCAGUCAAACCAGCACGCAUUGUAGCUGGACACGAGCCUGAGAAAACCAAUGAGCUGCUGCAGGCCAUUGGCAAGUGCUGCCUCAACAAGUUAAACAGUGAUGAAGCUGUGAAGCGCGUCUUGGCGGGGGAGAAGGUGGAUCUCAAAAGCAAAGCUUCCUCUUCGUCGAAAUCUCAGGACAAGGAAAACCGAGAGGGCCGCGAUGGUCAUAGAGACCGAGAGGAGAGGAAGGAGAUCAAAGAGAGCAGCCAGAGCAGAGCCCCCAAAGACCCGGACCAGCCCAGAGAGCAGGAGGGCCGGCGGCCGGAGAAGGAGCGGCACCGGGAAGGAGAGCGCUCAGAGAAGGGGCGCGAGAGGGACCGCACGAAAGAGCGUGACCGAGACAAGGACAAGAGCCGGGACCGGGACAAAGACAGGGCGCGAGACAAGGACAAGGAGCGCGAGAGAGACAGAGAGCGAGACAAGGAGCAGGAGCGCGAGGUCAAGGCCAGAGAGCGCGGAGACGUGCCAAGGGAGCGGGAGCGGGAGCGGCGGCGAGAGCGGGACCGAGAGCGGGAGCGCCACAAGGACACUGAGGAGAAGGCGAGGGACAAGAGCGAGCGGAAGGUGAAGGCAGCAGAGGAGUCCCGACCAAAAGCCCAUUCGGAGGAACCCAGCAAAGCUCGCAAGCCAGUGCCUGAAGAGAACUCAGAAAUGCCAGAGACAGAAUCAGAAGAGAGCCCCGCCAGGAUACCAAGACCAUCAUCAGCCAAAGGUCAGAGACGCUGGCCCAAAGCAGGAGGUCCAGAUGAGUCAGACAGUGAAGGAGAAGCUCCUGCAGCGGAGAGGCCUGCACCGUUAGAGAAUGGAGACACAACCGACGCCGGACCUCCUCAUGCUGCUCACAGGAGGAUACCUCGGCCCAGCAGUGCCCGGCCUGCACCGCCCCGAGUGAAGAAGCAAGAGAGCUACACUGAAGUGACCCCGGCCGAGAGACUGGGCAGUGGCAAGCCGGCGCCUGGUGUGAUCAUGGACGGGAAGAAGCUAUCUGAGGACGAGGACGAGGACGACGAGCAGUUUGUUGUGGAAGAAGCAGCUCCUGGCCCUACUGAUGUGCCUGAUAUGCCUGCAGAGGCUUCUGUUGAGCUUCAAGGUGAUGAAAGUCAUGGUGGUCUUGUGAAGAAGAUCCUGGAAACAAAAAAAGACUUUGAAGCUUCUCCAUCAUCUCCAAAGUCAAACCAGGAGCGGACGCUGGUGUCGGAGGCGGCGAGGCGGAAGGAGCGGGAGCUGGUGGCGCGGGAGAUCGAGCGACUGCGCUCGUCCAUCCAGACGGUGUGCCGCAGCGCCCUGCCGCUGGGCAAGAUCAUGGACUACAUCCAGGAGGACAUGGACGCCAUGCAGAACGAGCUGCAGGUGUGGCGCCGCGAGAACAAGGAGCACGCCCAGGCACUGCUGCAGGAGCAGAAGGUCACGGACGGUGCUGUGGAGCCGCUGAAGGCUGAGCUGUCCGAGCUGGAGCAGCUGAUCCGGGACCAGCAGGACAAAAUCUGUGCUGUCAAGUCCAACAUCCUCAGGAACGAGGAGAAGAUCCAGAAGAUGGUGCUGAGCAUCAACUUCUCCUCACAGACGUGAGAGGAGCAAAUAAACAGAAAGAACAGUAAUAACAAUAGGAAAACAAUGCACUGAACCCAACUAGGUGUCUCUCUUAAUUUAGCAUUGCUCAUGUUGUCCUUUGUUGUGAUGGCCAUGUCAGAAUUGCACUUUUUCAGUGAGCACCUUGGCUGUGCUGCAGACCACCGUUGUCUCACUGUCUAUUGAGAUGCCUUCCGUGAGAGACCCAGAGUCCCUCGUGCUCUGUGGCUGUGAUGGUGAAUAGACAUAGCAAGACACACCGGCACUGUGUACAGAUAGCCUCGCCUGGUACAUUUCACAUCCAUUUGCACACUUUCUUAAGAACUAAAACCCUAACUGAAUUAAUAUCUACAUAUUGUUGUACAUAUAGAGAGAUACUAAUUGCGAGACCGUUCUGUUCACCUCUUAAUUUUCUCCCCAAAGCUCAUGAUACAGCAAUAUACAGUACAUGUGCUGUACAGCGCAGACAUGCCAAAACCAGUAAAUACACUAAUGCUCUCUAGUCAGGCACCAUUGCACUUUGAUGAAACCCACUUCCUGGAUGGUGAGGGUGACCUUUCCUUUACAUAUGGUUAUGAGUGAACAUAAUAUAGGUAUAAGGGCAAACUAAGAGUUGAAAUGAUGUAAAAAAAAAACAUUUUGUCUGGAGCGCAUUAAUUGUAAUAGCUUUGGGAACUUUAACCCCCACCAGUCCAUUUCAGUUUUGAGGAUAUAAAACUUUCACAUUCUGUACAGCUGUGAUAUUGUCUUGUUGUGAUUUUGAUUCUGAAUCUGCUGAAGGCUUUUUGUACUUUUGCAAAAGAAAACCAACCCAUCCCACCCCCUCCCCCUAGUGGACAAACUGUGUUAUAUUUUUGUAUACAUCUAAAUUACUUAAAAGUAUAUAUAAAAAUAAACAAAGCAAUAUUCUAUUUCAGAUUUAGGAUCAAUAAAAUUGAGUUUAGCUGGUCUUGCAUAAAAAGUCAGUCAUGGUUCAUUGUCUAAACAUCUAUUCUAGAAGCAUUCCAUUCAUACAUCAGAGACAGCUCCACAUCCUAAACAAAAAUACACCCAUAAGCUUUUUCUGCAAUUUUAUUGUAUUUUGCAAUAUCAGGUCAAUAUAGUCUAAAUCAAUCAUAAAUACAAUUUCAUGUCAGUAUUAUACAUUUUAAGCAAAUUAAAAUAUAUAUUAGGUCAUCUCCAAUAUAUUAUUAGUAGUAAGAAGGACAUUUUAAUGCCUAUAUUUUAUAAAGAGGACCAUCCACACUGUAAACUCUUGUACCAUAUUUCUCAUUUUCCCAUUUGUUGUACAUUAUGUAUAUUUUGUUUGUAUCAUAGUUCACAAACAACUAUACUUUUUUGUAGUGGAGUGAAAUAAAAUGGUUUUGUUUCAAUAA